AAAAGGAAAUGAAUAGACGUUAUUUUGCAUAAAGUCUGCACGAAGUUAAAAGCUAAACCAGGAAGGAAGUUGCCACCACUAUGCUAGAUGGGAGUGCUUCAGUGACAUGUGCUUGCUUUUGAGAAAAUCAGAACUCUUCAGAUUAGUACUAGGAAUAAUUACCAUGUUUAUUUUAUGUUUACCUGAAUUUUUCAAAAUCCAUGAAGUUAACACUGUAAUUGUGUCAUGCGUGAAUACAUGUUCAUCAAAUAACACCACUUUUCCACUUUGUACUUUUAACAACUCUUGCAAAAGAUCACUGCAACAAGGAAGAGAAAACCAGACUCUUUUACUGAAGGCCAUUGUAAACCAUUCCAAUUUCCAAAAUAUUUCAUGUAUUUGCCAGUCCUCCAGGAGGGAACAACAGUCCCAUACUAAAUAUACAGAGUGUGAAUUCAAGAGAGAUGUGAAUGUUGAUCAUCAAGGAUCAGGGUCAGUAGUGGAAAAAAUUCCAGAAGCAAAAGGCUCACUUGAAGUGAAAACAAAAGAUGUUAUUUAUUUUUAUAAAUACUUUAAUUUCACUACGGUUUCCGAGAAAGAAGAAGUAGAGCAUAAUACUUACUACCUGCUGGAAAUCCACAUCAACAAUUCUAUAGUCGGAGGAAGAAACGCAGCUGAAGAAUACCUAAAUCAUUCCUGUAUAGUGGCAAUGAUGGAAGACCAAAAUGACUGUAUAAAUAUUUCACUGCAACUGAAGUCUUAUGUGGAAUAUCCAAUGUGUAUGACGAAGAUCAUUUGGCUCACUAUGAUUCCAGUAGUUUUUGUGUUUACUGUUUCAAUUGUCAUCUACAAAAUAGUCCAAGAAAAUGAACAAAACUAUUGUAAACACAGAGUAGCAGCAGUUUCUGCUAUUCUAAGAAGAAAGCGUUCUAGACAUGCAAGAAGAACCAGAUCUGCUACUAAAAUUCAUCCUUUUCCUGUGAAAACCAGCAAACAACAGAUUCCACUUACUGCACAGACCACAAAGAUACUGCCCAUAAUUCCUGAACAAGAGCAUUGUCAUGUGGGUGCAUCAACUGUAGAAGUCUAAAAGCAUGUGGACACAAAACCUCCUACGUGGGGUAGCUGGCACAAGAGAUCGGUAAGUACAAGUGAUUCCUAUCCAGCUACAUUCAGAGUGUCAUCACUGCUGUCAUUUUCUAAGGAUACCCUCCCCUAG